CAGAAAUGCAGCAAGUGUUGGAUAACCUUACGGAGCUGCCCUCAUCUACGGGAGCAGAAGAGAUAGACCUAAUUUUCCUCAAGGGGAUUAUGGAGAAUCCAAUCGUAAAAUCACUUGCUAAGGCUCAUGAGAGACUAGAAGAUUCAAAACUAGAAGCUGUCAGUGACAAUAACUUGGAAUUAGUCAAUGAAAUUCUUGAAGAUAUCACUCCUCUAAUCAGUGUGGAUGAGAAUGUGGCAGAACUGGUUGGUAUACUCAAAGAGCCCCACUUCCAGUCACUCUUGGAAGCCCAUGAUAUUGUGGCAUCAAAGUGUUAUGAUUCACCUCCAUCAAGCCCGGAAAUGAAUAAUUCUGUUAAUAAUCAGUUAUUACCAGUAGAUGCCAUUCGUAUUCUUGGUAUUCACAAAAGAGCUGGGGAGCCAUUGGGUGUAACCUUUAGAGUUGAAAAUAAUGACCUGGUAAUCGCCCGAAUCCUUCAUGGAGGCAUGAUAGAUCGACAAGGUCUGCUCCAUGUGGGAGAUAUCAUUAAAGAAGUCAAUGGCCACGAGGUUGGAAACAAUCCAAAGGAAUUACAAGAAUUACUGAAAAAUAUCAGUGGAAGUGUCACCCUAAAAAUCUUACCAAGCUAUAGAGAUACCAUUAUUCCUCAACAGAGCGGCAUCAGUAUGGAGAGGCAUCCAGCCCACGCCCGUCAGGUAUUUGUGAAAUGUCAUUUUGAUUAUAAUCCAUACAACGAUAACCUGAUUCCCUGCAAAGAAGCAGGAUUGAAGUUUUCAAAAGGAGAAAUUCUUCAGAUUGUAAACAGAGAAGAUCCAAAUUGGUGGCAGGCUAGCCAUGUAAAAGAGGGAGGAAGCGCUGGUCUCAUUCCAAGCCAGUUCCUGGAAGAGAAGAGAAAGGCAUUUGUUAGAAGAGACUGGGACAAUUCAGGGCCUUUUUGUGGAACCCUAAGUAGCAAAAAAAAGAAAAAGAUGAUGUAUCUCACCACCAGAAAUGCAGAAUUUGACCGUCAUGAAAUCCAGAUCUACGAGGAGGUAGCCAGAAUGCCUCCCUUCCAGAGAAGGACAUUAGUAUUAAUAGGAGCUCAAGGUGUGGGACGAAGAAGCUUGAAAAACAGGUUCAUAGUAUUGAAUCCCACUAGAUUUGGAACCACGGUGCCGUUUACCUCAAGGAAACCAAGGGAAGAUGAAAAAGAUGGCCAGGGAUAUAAGUUCGUGUCACGGUCUGAGAUGGAAGCAGAUAUUAAAGCUGGAAAGUAUUUGGAACAUGGGGAAUAUGAAGGAAAUCUCUAUGGAACCAAGAUUGACUCUAUUCUUGAAGUUGUCCAAACUGGACGAACUUGCAUUUUGGAUGUCAACCCACAAGCCCUUAAGGUGCUGAGGACAUCGGAGUUCAUGCCCUAUGUUGUCUUCAUCGCUGCUCCGGAGCUGGAGACAUUGUGCGCCAUGCACAAAGCUGUGGUGGACGCUGGCAUUGCUACCAAGCUUUUGACGGACUCUGACUUGAAGAAAACAGUGGAUGAAAGUGCACGAAUUCAGAGAGCAUACAACCACUAUUUUGAUUUGAUCAUCGUAAACGACAAUCUAGACAAAGCCUUUGAGAAACUACAGACUGCCAUAGAGAACCUGAGAAUGGAGCCACAGUGGGUCCCCAUCAGCUGGGUUUACUGAUGGGUCAAUAAGGUUCACAAUUAAAAUGCAGCUUUUAGAAAGUGACGACAGCAAAUAAACUUACUCCUGGGAAAACGCGUGCACGGAGAAGAUGUCUGCAAGGCCAGGCCUUUUUACCGUAGAUUGAAAUGCCAGUACACUCUUCUGAAUUUUUAUAGACAGUGUGGCUGGGAAGGGGUACUAAUAUAUAAUUUAUCUUAAUUUUUCUAACUUUUUAUGGACAAUCUAUUCAUAUCACAUAAAGAAAUGCGUUGAA